AUGGAUGUUGGCGAGGGCGGGGGCCCAAAACCCCCGGCCCCAAAAAAACAUAAACUUAAAGACUUGGACGAUGGCGGCGGGGGUAAGGAAAGUGAUUUUUUACCCUAUCUAAAACCCGGAUACAAAAGACUUUAUCCAGAAAAUUCUUCAAAUUUGGAGUUCAAAGUUUACGUGCAGGGUGAAAAAAUUGGCAAUAAAAGUCCAACCUUUUUAAAUCAUAUAUUUGUAAAUGAGGUAAAAGGUGUAGUAGCGAUUCGUAGAAUCAAUGCUAACAAGAUUGCGGUGGUGUUCAAGCAGUAUAAUACUGCUAAUAAUUUUAUAAGUAACUCUUCAUUUCUGGAGAAGUACAACUUUAAGGCGUUCAUACCAGCGGCAGACAUAGAAAGAACAGGAAUUAUCCGAUACGUACCCACAAACUUAUCUAACAAGGAGCUUUACUCAAAGCUAGAGUCGGAGUAUGAAAUAAUUGCAGUCCGACGAUUCACCAAAAAGGCAAAAAUGGUAGUAAACGCGCCGGAUUCGCCUGUUCAGGCUGAAGUAAUUUUUGUGAUAGAGGUUACGGCAGCAAACGGCGCGUAUAUAGGCGAACUUAAAACAAACUAUAUAAUUCCAACAUUAGAAUAUUUCCAUGGAGGUGCUUUAGAAGAAGGAGGUGGUAAUGGAUCGGUUUAUGCAAUAGUUACGUAUAAAACAUCUGAUGUACACCCUGGCAUACCUGUUGGUACCUUCGGACCCUUUACAUGUCCUCAAACAGUAUUGGAGACCGUUGACAAAAUUCAGUUUGUUGGAGGUCAUAUAGAAAGCAGAGCAUGUAUGACAGAAGCGUUGGCGACGGCGUUAGAUUGUUUCGACGACCUUGGCCGCACUGACCUGCCUAUGCACUUGUUGCUACUCUGCUGUUCACCGCCCUACUCAGCAUAUGGCGGAGGCCUGGUACCACCCGGCGCCCCCGCGACAAUGGAGCAAGCGGCGCGUAUGUUGGCAGAGCGCGGCGUCCAAGUAUCAAUAGCGUCAGCUCGCCGCUUCCAACAACUGCAUGCGUUGUACGAAAACGCUGGCGGAGAACUACAUCAAGCACAACAAAGAAAUUAUGCUAAGGAUCCCCGUCACUUGGUGCUGCUACGUGGCUACAGCCUGAAAGAGAGACCUCCAAGCCCCGCACCACCACCGGUUCCCGACAUACAAGCUGAUGUCUAUGGUCAAGGGCGAGGUCAAGCAGGGCCGGCUCGACCGGGGGCGCCGAACUUCCCUCGGCCCGCGGUCGCCGCCGCCACUGGGGUGGGACCCGUUGGUAAUGUGGCGGGAGUACCCGGGGUUGCCGGAGUCGGCACGGCCGCAUGCGGUCGCGGCGCAGGCAACUGGCUGGCGCCGCCCCGCGGGCCGCUCUACGCCAACAACUCCGCGCUACUCACGCAGCUCGCGCAGCCCUCCUACCCGCCCCCGCCGCCCCCUCCCGCGCAGCUCGCGCAGCCCUCCUACCCGCCCCCGCCGCCCCCUCCCGCGCAGCUCGCGCAGCCCUCCUACCCGCCCCCGCCGCCCCCUCCCGCGCAGCUCGCGCAGCCCUCCUACCCGCCCCCGCCGCCCCCUCCCGCGCAGCUCGCGCAGCCCUCCUACCCGCCCCCGCCGCCCCCUCCCGCGCAGACUGGUCACCAACGUAUGCCGACGAUGGUGACCCCGGGCCCGUCCGGUACUCAGCUGCAACGCUCCUACAUCUGGAGCGGAGUCAUCGAGUGGAUGGAAAAGGGGAAGACCGCCGGAGAUCAGAAAACUACCAAACAUUUGCCAUGCCAGGUAUCAGCAAGCACGAAGGACAUAGAGCCUGAGCUGAAGGUGGACACGUGGCCGAGUAAGCUGCUGAUGCAGCUGAUGCCGAAGCAGUUGAUCAGCAACAUCGGCGGGCAGUACCUCAAGGACAGCAAGUCGGUGCUAUUCCACCUACAGCCCAGUGAAGCUCUGGACUCCUUGACCAAGGUCAUGGUCAACGGCUUUGCGGGUUGUGUACACUUCUCCCCAAUGCCGACACCACCGCAGUGUGACAUCAAAGUAUUAAUAUUGUUAUACACUCCGGAUAAAAAGGCCUACCUUGGCUUCAUACCCAACAAUCAAGCUACAUUCGUCGAUCGACUUAGAAAAGUGAUUCAACAGCAAAAGAUCAGUCAGAUCAUCAACAAACAGCAGUUACCAGCCGCCGUCAGCAACGCUGGGGGCAUGGCGCAAAAUAUGCCAAACGCCACCAUGGCCGGUUCUGGUGCAAUGCCGACCGCAGGAAUGUCGUCAGGUGGGAUGGGGUCGGGUAUGUCCGCGGGCAUGCAGUCUGUGCCCGUGGGCAACGUGCCAGGCGUGGGCAACGUGGGCAACGUGGGACAAAUGUCUGGGCCUGGACCGAGCCAGGGUAUGGUGCAGUCACAGAUGCAACAACACCCACAGGGCAUGAUGAUAGGCGGUGCAAUAGGGCAACAGGUACAACAGGUGGGUGGCAAAGGACCCCGGCCGGUUACCCAAUUGGAUGGCCUUGAGGCCGCUCGCCAGCAGAACUUGGAGAAAAUACAACAUCUACAACAGACCCUGGAGGCGGCUCAUCAACAGGAAGCUCAGUUCAAGUCGCAGAUGGACAUCAUGUCCCACCUACAUGCAGCCCAACAGCAGGAACAGCAUUAUAAACAGCUCGAGGAGCAACGCAAACACCAGUUGCAACAACAGCUACAGCAACAGUUGCGUGGUGCAGGUGGCGCCGCCCACCCUCCGCGCAUCAUCAGGCCCCUGCUGCCUUCCAACCCUGGACUGCGACAUCUGCUGCAGCAGCAGCCGCAAUACAGACCGGGGGGCGGAGCACCCAGGCCGGCGUCGCAGCCCCAGCAGUUUGAUGACGUUAACAAUUAUUCCGACUUCAUAUAGACCUCGACACCGCAUGUGUGGGCUACUUUUGAUGAUAUUGAUUGAUUCUGCUAAUUAUAAAGAACCCGCUAAGCCGUUAUACAAAAGUAACUUAUUGUUUUGGUCUUCAUUGGAUAUCAAUUUUUGGUUACAACGUGAAUCUCAAUAUGUAUUGUUAUAUUUUCAGAUAGGCUGUUCAUAUAAUUAUACAUUUGUACACAAAAUAUAAAAUUUAAAUUUUAAGUUGAAAUAAUUGUAUUUUCUUAACGAUGUCAAGCAAAUCCCCCACACAUGCAUUUAAUAGAAUCUAACAUUAUGAAGUUUUUAUAAAUAAAAAAAAAACAAAAAGAAAACAGAUUUUUUGUCUGUACUGGGUUACUUUGCUUUGCGGUAUAGACGCUACAAUAUUAUUGUACUCUGUUCAUUUUAGACAAAAAUAUAGUUCAUAGAUGCUAUUCGAUUGAAUACUAACUCCUGCCACGCGGUUUCACCCGCAGCUAGGCUCCUAUUAAUCGUAGGGUGAUGUUUUACACCUUAUAGCACUCAGGAAUAUUCGAAAUUUCAUAGUAUAGGAAUAAGUGAAAGAAUUUUGGAAAUUCGGCUAGCGACUCCAAAGAUUUCCCCCUACAUACAAACUUACAUAUUAUACCUCUUUGUAAUAUAAGUAGAGAAAUAGAUAUUUUUAUGCAAUAAUAUAAUUGUUCUAUCGAUAUUUUAUUAAUUUUUUUCAUCAUAAGCUAUCUUUCUCUUUUAUAUUUCGAAAAUUUUAUUACUUUAUUUAAAUACAUUUAUCUUCCUUACAUUUGUCAUUGUGUCCAUCGGUUUUUCUCGUUGAUAUAUAUAGUUAUAUUUAUUUAUUUGAGACUUCAUGCAUAAAACACUGUACAUAGGCGGAAUGCAAUAAGCAUUCUCUACCAGUCUACCUUUGGGUGAUGCAGAGAUAAUCUAGUGUCAGGUGCAAGAAGCAAGCAAAUUCAAUUCAAUUCAAUUUAUGAUUUUAAUAUUCUAAUAAGGAAUAAAGUUCCUAAAGAUUGAACGUAAAAAAAGAAAACUGGAUUGUUUUAAUAAUACUUUUUAAUACUUACAAGAAUUCUGUUAUGUUUAAGUACCUAAUAACAACACCCCGUUUUAAGUCUUAAAAUGAGCAGAGUACACGAAUUUCGUCAUGUAAAAUAAUUCCAAAUAAUUAUGUAUGUUUAUAAAUAUAAAAUAUAAUUCUGCAAUCAAAUGAAUUAUAUGAAUCUAUUGUAUUAUUGUAAUUUUCCUACUUGUAUAGUUAUAUAUAUAAUUAUAUAAUUAAUAAAUAUGUGACUGAUAGAUUAAUUCGUUUUAGCUAUACGUAUAUCACGAAGGCGUGAGAUUUUGUACAGUAUUUGUACAUAUUGUUACA